AUGAGUUGUAGUCAUCGUCAACUUUCAUAUCAAUCAAAUGAUAUUAUCUAUCGAAAAACGUCUCUUCUUCAAUAUGAAUCUCCACGUUUAUUUGUUAAUCAUGAUAUAUCAAAUACAGAUUAUAAAAAAAUUUGCCGAGCAACUAUUUCUCCAUCUGUUCAACCAAUAUCAUUCUAUGACAAUAAAUUAAAUCUUUUUGAUCCAUAUUCAGAUUUUUGUCGACCUGCAGAUAUAUUAGAUUUUCUUUUUCCACCGAUUGAAUUUUUCAAUAAAACAAAUCAUAAAUAUAUACUAUGUGUUUCACGUAAUCCAGCAACAAAAACUGAUGUUUAUCAUUUAGAAAAACAACUUAAUCAUCGUUUAAAACUAUCUCAAGCUAAUGAAGUUGGUUUAUGUAAUCACCGUCGUGAAAUUUAUAAUGAAUGUUUCGACGAACUUAUUCGACAAGUAACUAUUGAAUGUAGUGAACGUGGAAUUUUAUUAUCACGUAUUUGUAAUACAUAUCGUCAAAUGAUAAAAGAUUAUUCAAAUAAUAAUUUAAGUGCAAAUGCUUAUGCAAUACGAACAUAUCUUCUUAAUGAACAAAUUAAAAAAAACCUAAAUAAUCAAAUUGAACAUUUAGAAUAUGAUAUCGAACAAUUAAAAAAACAAUUAAUUAAUAGUGAAGAUCAUUUUGAAAAUAUUCUGAAAUUCUAUACGAAAUUAAAAUCAUCAAAUCAAUAUAGAUAUCAAACAAUAAAUACAAUUGUGCCUUUAGAAUUACAACAAUUAAGAACUACGAAUAAAUUAUUAAAACAAGAAUUAGAAAAUGUUUUAUUAAAAAAAUUAAAUCUUGAUAUACCAGAUAGAAUAACUAAAAAUAAUGAAGAUGAAUUUGAAAAUAUAAUGAAAUAA